UCCGAGGAAAGCCCCAAGGCCAAGCAUAUUGGAUAUAACAGAAAGUGGGAGCCAUACCUGGCGUCUAAAGAAUGUGGACCGGAUAUAAGAUCUUAAUCUUCUCUUAUCUAACCACAGAAAUUUGGAUGGAGAAACAGUAUUUAUCUCAGAGAGAAGUGGACCCAGGAGCCCAUUUCACUAGGAAUCACACUGUUUUGGAAGGUACUCGAUUCAAAAGAGCCAUUUUCAAAGGGAAAUACUGUAGAAUUUUUGGUUGUUGUGAAGACAGAGAUGACGGCUGUGUCGUUCAGUUCUAUGAGGCGAACGCGCUGUGUUACUGUGAUAAGUUCUGUGAAAGGGAAAAUUCUGAUUGCUGUCCUGAUUACAAGUCAUUUUGCCGUGAAGAGAAGGAAUGGCCUCCUCAUACAACGCUGUGGUAUGCAGAAGGUUGCUUCAGAGAUGGUCAGCAUUAUGAAGAGGGAUCAGUAAUUAAAGACAACUGCAACUCUUGCACAUGCUCAGGACAGCAGUGGAAAUGUUCCCAGCACGUGUGCCUCAUUCAACCAGAAUUAAUUGAACGUGUCAAUAAGGGAGACUACGGAUGGACAGCUCAGAACUACAGCCAGUUCUGGGGAAUGACUUUAGAAGAAGGUUUCAAGUAUCGUCUUGGCACCUUGCCACCUAGCCCUAUGCUUCUGAGCAUGAAUGAAGUAACACCUUCUUUACCUGCAACAACUGAUCUUCCGGAGUUUUUUAUUGCUUCUUAUAAGUGGCCCGGAUGGACUCAUGGCCCCUUGGAUCAAAAAAACUGUGCUGCAUCGUGGGCAUUUUCCACUGCAAGUGUGGCUGCUGACCGAAUAGCAAUUCAGUCCAACGGUCGAUUCACAGCCAAUCUGUCUCCUCAGAAUUUGAUCUCUUGCUGUGCCAAGAACCGUCAUGGAUGCAACAGUGGAAGCAUCGAUAGGGCUUGGUGGUACCUGAGAAAACGUGGACUGGUAUCCCAUGCAUGUUAUCCACUUUUCAAGGACCAAAAUGCUACCAAUAAUGACUGUGCCAUGGCAAGUAGGUCUGAUGGGCGGGGCAAACGGCAUGCCACAAAGCCAUGUCCCAACAACAUCGAGAAAUCUAAUAGGAUCUACCAGUGUUCUCCUCCAUACAGAGUCUCUUCCAAUGAAACUGAGAUAAUGAAAGAAAUCAUGCAAAAUGGACCAGUUCAAGCCAUAAUGCAAGUCCACGAUGAUUUCUUCCAUUAUAAGAAAGGGAUAUAUAGACAUGUUACCAGCACACAUGAAGAACCAGAAAAGUAUCGAAAGCUUCGGACACAUGCCAUCAAACUUGCUGGGUGGGGCACACUGAGAGGAGCCCAGGGGCGGAAAGAAAAAUUUUGGAUCGCUGCCAAUUCCUGGGGAAAGUCCUGGGGCGAGAAUGGCUAUUUCAGGAUUCUUCGAGGAGUAAAUGAGUCUGACAUUGAAAAGUUGAUUAUCGCAGCUUGGGGCCAACUGACAAGUUCAGAUGAACCGUAACAUAUCAUUAAAUUUCCACAAGGCCAUGCAUUUACAUAACCUCUUAAAUUGAAAUUAAGCAAUGUGAGGUUCUCUGUGACCGUGGAAUUUGUCUCUUCACCUUGUUAUUAUAACAUGCGUGUCUUCUUGUUACACUCUAGGCUCUAUGCUUCUGCUUCCUUUGUACUACUGAGUAUAUAAAAAUACUGAUAGAGGAUAGCAGAGUAGCUUAAUGCCUUUAAAGUUCCCUGGUUGUGUUUAUUUUUCUCUCAUGACGGUGUCCUUUUGACUUUGAUAGUUCACGGUGUGACAGCACUCGUCUUGAAAAGUUCACAGCAUUCAUUUAUAGAAAUGAUGUGGUUUCUCUGACCAGUGAGAACUUCAGACAACAAAAAGCAACGGAAACACCAAUUUACCAUCCUUAUGAUUUUUUUAACCAAAUAGUGCCUUCUUACUUCAGAUCUUGUUUAUGUUUUGGCAAAUACAAUGGAAAUAGAUUAUUGUUUCCCUCCAUAAGCUAACAUUUUCUUUCUUUUUAUUUGCCUAAACCUAACUCACAAUCUGAAUCCAAAAGGGAAAAUAACUGCCCACAGGAAAUAAGUGCUCUUUAUGGUCCUGUGUAAUGGCCUGUGAUGUGGACAAGAUGGUAAGUAAUGGAAAAGCUUAGAGAGUAGCAAUAGAAAUACAGUCUUGACACAUAUUACACCCCUAUUUUUGGAAGCCAGUACACAUUGUGUAAAGUCUAUUAAAAUCAGUUGCAAAACUGUGUUUGGAAAGAUAAUAUAUUUACCCCCUAAAACAGCAACAUGAUGCCACAAGUCAGAAAGAAUAAAUACACUUUAUCACAACCAUUUCACAGUUCACUGCUUGAGAUGCUAAAAAGUAAGCUAAAUUGGCACUAAUUUGCAUCUAAUUUUUAUUUUCGUUCUCUGUAGUCAGAGAAACAAAAAUAGCAUCAUCAUAAUGGUUGGGAAAGGAUAUAAUCUUUUAAUUCACUGGCAUCUUAAAUGGCAAACUAAUAAAUGGAGAAGCGAAGUUGAUCAGUAAGUGAGAAUGGCCAGUUAUAAUUACAAUGGUCGGGUACCAAUGGCCUUAAUUUCUGGACACUCUGUCAUCUUAAUUUUCAGUGUGGGGCUUUUCUAUGUUGUUGUGUCCAAAGGUGUCGUGAUUUAGAUAAGUCAGACGUGCUGAAAACGUGAGGAAGCCGAGCACAGAACAGUGAAGUGUUGCUGCAAUUGUCGUUUCUCCAUCUAUCACUGCAGCUUUGUCGAAGAAGCAUCCAUUCAUUUGGCUCUCGCCUAGAAAAUAUACAUGAGGCUGUUUCACCUUAUUGGGCUUGGCUGAUGUUCCCUCAGAGGGUUGAGAAAUAAUUUGGUUUUAUCUCAGUCUGGAUUCCUCUAGAAGGAGCCUCUGAGAUGAGGUUUUGAGUGCAAGUGGUCUGGGCAGAGAAGGGAACACUGAGAAGAAACUGGGGCAUUGACACAGGGUAGUGAAGGCAGACUAUAUAAGUGCAUUACCAAGCAAAGCACCCCACAGGCAACUAGUUCUUAUCCCACUGGGGACUGUUACACAUUCCUCAGAUACGUCACCCAAGAAAGAUGUUCGUUGGUUGUGGGCUGCUCCUGGGGGCCGUGAAUUCCCUUGUUGUUCUGAUCUGACGUAAGGGUGGGAAAAGCAGGUUCCAGAAUCAAGAAAAAACCCACAGGCCAAGAAAAGUAGGUUUUCAUGGUCAGGUGUUAGAUUGAUGUCCACUGAAACGGCACAAUGAGGCUAUGUGGGCAGGGUACCAACAGCGUCUCUGCUACAGGUGUUAAAACACUUCUAAAACAUUCCUUAGAUGUUCAACACCGAGGAAGUAAUGAAUAAUAAGGCACUAAAAUGCCAGAUGACUAAUGUUGCUUUUAAAAACAUUGAUGGGGUUAAGUUGAUCCAACCUUGUCCUUGUUAUUUAAAUGGACAAAAAUUGUUGGAAUUAAUUUUCACAUUUUGAUUUAUGUGUCUAGAUUGUAGGCCUGGAUUCUGCUGUUUUAAAAUUUCCUUCUUUUCUAAUGACCCCAACUGAUGAGGAAACUGAUCACAAAGAUUGAAGGAAAAAGAAAGAAAAUACCACAAUAGUCAGUCCCAUUGGAAGGCACAAGACGUAUUUGUCAAGCAAUUAUAGACCAGGAGCUAGAGGAGAGAGAGAAAUUAACUGAGACAGAAGUAUAGCAAUGGGGUAUGGAAAAUAUUAUUCCUGAGGUUGGUUGAGUUAGUGUCUUCCUUUGAAUGAUGUUGCUUCUCAUUUGCACAACUUUAAAGAGCAUGUUUGGUUCUAUUUAUUAUCCAAGGGCCCCUAGCCAACCUUCAAAAAAAAGUAGUGAUUGGCAUAUUCCUUUGCCACUCUAGGGACUGAGUAACUAUUUGUAGAAUUGAUCUGAUUGAUGACUAGAUGGUUUUCGCCCACACUGUGGCUUUUCUUGGCCUGCAGGUGUGCUCUACUCACCUCAGCUUGGACUGAGCAGUGGGAAGGACCACACACUUGGUACACGUGUCUUUAGAGUUCCUGUUUCUGUCUGCAUAUAUGGAGUCUUAUUAUUUUGAGUUAAGAAUAUACAGGAGAAAAAUUCUCCAUGAAGAUCAUGUAACUCAACCAGAACAAUGUCUCUCAGAUUGGAUAAGACUGUGAGCACUAAGAUUUGGUUUUCUUCCUGUUCAAUCAAAUGUAUGUAGCAUUUAUGUGCUUUUUAUGAGAUCCAGUUUAAACUGGUUACUGUAUAUAGUUUUUCCCGGAAAAAGAGGAACUUGUCCCAA